GCCUUUUCCAGCGCAUGCGCUCUGUUCAAGAAGCCAACUAUACUACCUAUGAGUGAUUCUGAUUCUGAAUCUGGUCAUGGAUCCAAGUGCUGCCCAAGGAGAAAAAAAUACACUCUCUGAGACCAUGAAGGCAAAGAUUGAAAGGAACCGUCAGCGGGCUUUGAUGCUCAGGCAAGCUAGACUGGCGAACUGGCCCUACCCUUCUUCUGGCGAAGGCAGUUCAAAAGUUAAAAUACCUUCAAAGACAAUAGAUACAGGAGGAGGUUUUUUUCUGGAGGAGGAAGAGGAAGAAGAGACAAAUCGACACCAAACUGACAAAAUUGUGCAUCUCCCUGGUCCAGUAUUAGAAUUUGAUUAUCUAAUCUGUGAAGAAUGUGGGAAGGAAUUCAUGGACUCAUAUCUCAUGAACCAUUUUGACCUGGCAACAUGUGAUAAUUGCAGAGAUGUUGAAAACAAGCAUAAACUCUUAACAAGGACUGAAGCAAAGCAAGAGUAUCUUCUCAAAGACUGUGAUUUAGACAAGAGAGAGCCAGUGCUUAGAUUCAUUCUGAAGAAAAAUCCUCAUAAUCCACACUGGGGUGAUAUGAAACUUUAUUUAAAACUACAGGUAAUUAAACGUUCCCUUGAAGUUUGGGGUAGUGAGGAAGCAUUAGAAGAAGCUAAAGAAAACCGCCAAGAUAACAGAGAGAAGAUGAAACAGAAAAAGUUUGAUAAAAAAGUUAAAGAAUUACGGCGAGCUGUAAGAAGUAGUUUAUGGAAAAAAGACACAAGUAUCCAUCAACAUGAGUAUGGAGCUGAAGAAAUGAUAGACAAUGAUACGUACAGAAAGAUCUGCAGCACGUGUGGUCAUGAAUUAACCUAUGAAAAGAUGUAGUGUGGCUUGGAUUUACAUUCAACGCAUUUUUAUAUUCAAGCAUUUAUGUAAUGGAUCACAUUCUUUGUGUCCUAUUUUGCAUACCCAAACCAUUAUCCAGAAAUAACUGAAAAUCUGGUAGAAAAGAGGCAUAAUAAUCAUCUUUUUAUUAAAAAAAUGUUACAUUUAUUGAAUAAUAAAAAUAUUUAACUGUCUAA